AAUUCGACAGAGAGGCUGACGCGGAAAACUAAAAACGCAUCGUUUUUUUCAUUCAACCGGCAUGUAAAUACUACUUUGUUGCUCUUUUGCAUAGAUAACGCUAACUCAUAUUUAAUGUUAAGCGCAGCUCAUUUAGAUGUGACCGAGCUGACCAGCACGCUAGUAGUAUUAGUAGCAAGCUCGUUGGCGAGUGAAAGCGUGUGUCCUGAUAUGAAACCGUGUGUGGACUGAUCGGCUGAGAUGCUGUCCACCGGUACAGAGCUGCGGCUUCUGCGGCGGCUAUUGUCUUGUUUAACUCUUGUUUUACUUUUUCAAGCCACCGACGCCAAGAGGGAUUUAAAAGCCGCCUGUAUCACCUGCCAGCAAAUCACUGACAACUUCAACAAGGGCUUUGACAGAACAGCAAAGCAGAACUUUGGCGGAGGCAACACAGCCUGGGAGGAGAGGAAACUGUCCAAAUAUGAGACAAGUGAGAUUCGUCUGGUGGAGAUCGUGGAGGGGCUGUGUGACAGCAGCAGCUUUGAGUGCAACCGCAUGGUAGAAGAGCAUGAGGAGCAUUUUGAGACUUGGUGGUUCAAGAGGAAAACAAAACAUCCUGAUUUGCAUAAAUGGUUCUGCAUUGAAACCAUCAAAGUGUGCUGUCCCAAAGGAACGUUUGGACCUGACUGCAAUGCCUGUGUUGGGGGCUCUGAGAGACCUUGUCACGGAAAUGGAAUGUGCGACGGCGACGGCAGUCGUGGGGGCAACGGAAAGUGCAGCUGUGACCAAGGUUAUAAAGGGGAGUUCUGCCUGGACUGCAUUGAUGGCUACUUCAAUGAAGUGAGGAAUGACACCUUCUCCUUGUGCACAGAAUGCCACUCUUCCUGCAAGACCUGCACUGGAGCAACCCAUCAGGACUGUGAUGAGUGCAAGGACGGCUGGGAGGAAGAUGACCAGGAAGCUUGUGUCGAUGUAAAUGAGUGCUCCAAAGACCCUUCCCCAUGUGAAGAAGAUCAAUAUUGCCUAAACACGGAAGGCUCCUACUCCUGCAAAGCCUGUGAUAAAGUUUGCUCCGGCUGCACUGGAGCCGGUCCUGAUAACUGCCAGGCUUGUGCCAGCGGGUACCAGGUCACAGAGGGCACCUGCACAGAUAUUGAUGAGUGUUCCCAGCAGGAGUUGGUAUGCGCUAAGGAGCACCAGGAGUGUGUCAACACAAAAGGCAGUUACAAGUGCAUCUGCUCGAGCGGCUAUGAGGAGCAAGAUGGCGAGUGUGUCCAAACACCGCAGCCAGAAAAAGAGGAGGAACCAGAAGCAUCCGAGACAACCACAAGUCCACGGGGGGAACUUUGAUGUAAAAACUGGCAUCAAUAGGAGCAAAUCAGGAAGAACUGUUGGAAUUUCAGAACAUCUGAAGCCACUUGUUUUAAAAUUAUUGAGUACAUGCACUUAGUGUCCCAGCUGCACUCAGAACCAACAAAAGCCGUCAAGACAGUGUUUUCUACCAGUGGAUCAUGGAUUCAAGGACAAAAGAGACAUUUUAUGCUCUCAGUGUGCUGUCGUUGCUUUUCUCUGGUGUGCUCAAACUACCACUCAUUGUCUUUAUUUGUUGUAUGGUUUUAAGGAAAUUAAAGGUGUUUCAAAUAAAGUGAAUACAGUCAAAGAUA